AGCCUCGAGAGCGACAACACCUUGGGCCUAGAUCUGCCAGCGACUCGGCAAGGCGCGAUGAAGAAGGGUCGUGCAGCAAAGCAAUGCAAGAUGAGGAUGGCCCAGGGUUGCCAAGUUUGUACCUUGCUGAACUGCGCGGACAACAGCGGAGCCAAGAACCUGUACAUCAUUGCAGUCAUCGGCAUUGGCGGCCGCUUGAACAAGCUGCCCAACUGCUCACCGGGGGACCUCGUGCUGUGCAGUGUGAAGAAGGGCAAGCCGGAGCUGCGCAAGAAGGUGCUGAAGGGGGUUGUCAUCCGCCAGAAGAAAGCCUGGAGACGACGAGAGGGAGUCUUCGUGUACUUUGAGGACAAUGCGGGGGUGAUCGUGAAUGACAAGGGCGAGAUGAAGGGUUCUGCGAUUCAGGGCCCGGUGGCGAAGGAGUGCGCCGAGCUGUGGCCGAAGAUUGCUUCCUGCGCGCCGGCGAUUUGCUGAGCGAUAGGCUAAGCCUGGAGAUGGACUAAGCGAGGCUUGCGGUGGA